GUAUUUACCAAUUUUCGUGAGGUACAGUACUAUUGUUAGUUUCCCUCACGACUGUUGUAAGCUGUUUUGUUUGACUGCACCUCGCAAGUGCUGAUGUAACGUUCAUGAGGUACUGUUAUUAAAUGCCCGCAACUACUGCCUGCUACAAUUACUGCGACUCGCUGAUAUUUACUGUUAUUACCUCCGAUUGGCAUGGUUGGCGACGUACGGUGCGAAAGAAGUUCACCAUACAGUACAUAUUUUAGUUCGGUUAUUACUCCAAUAAUACAAUAUUUAUAACAAUACUAGGGUGAUUUCGCGAAAAGUUCCCGCUCUUCAAACUUGUCUCUCGGGCAUCAACACAGAACCUCAAUAGAAUGUUAAAGAUCCUUUUGGAAUCUUGGUUGGAGCCUCAGUUUAGCCUAAGGCCAGUGCACACCAAUAAACAUGGCUGAAGACUUUGACAUUGAAGCCUUGCUGGAGGCACCUUUCCAAAAGACGGAGGCCACCAAAGUGGGUGAAGCGAAUGGACACCCGCUAACUGACACAAAGAAAAAGAAGAGCAGGAGUCGCAGCAGAAGCAGAGACAAGAAGAGGAGCCGCAGCCGAGAUCGGCGGCGCAGGAAAAGCCGCGAGCGCCGCCGCCGCAGCCGUAGUCGCAGCCGGGACCGAACCCGGCACCGCGAGGAGCGUGGACGCUUCCGCAGCCCAAUCCACAAACGCUCCCGUAGCAAGAGCAGAAGCCCGAGAGGAAAAUUUGGAAAUGCUCCAAGGCCAUCCACCAGCACGCUCACCCCGGAGGAGAGAGACAGUCGUACCGUGUUCUGCAUGCAGCUUGCAGCGCGCAUCCGUGCCAAGGACCUCGAGGAGUUCUUCUCCGCUGUGGGCAAGGUGCGCGACGUGCGCCUCAUCUCGGACCGCAACUCGCGCCGCUCCAAGGGCAUCGCGUACAUCGAAUUUGUGGAUCUUGACUCGGUGCCACUGGCAAUCGGGCUCACGGGACAGAGGCUGCUGGGCGUGCCCAUCAUCGUGCAGGCAUCGCAGGCUGAAAAGAAUCGUGCCGCAGCUGCUGCUGCUGCCAACCUUCAGAAACUGGCAUCGGGGCCCAUGCGCCUGUACGUGGGCUCCCUUCACUUCAAUAUCACCGAGGCCAUGCUCAUGGGCAUCUUCGAGCCAUUCGGGAAGAUUGAUAACAUCCAACUGAUGAUGGACCCCGAGACUGGCAGGUCCAAGGGCUUUGGAUUCAUAACGUUUUCGAGCGCCGACUGCGCCAAGAAGGCGCUUGAGCAGCUGAACGGCUUUGAGCUAGCCGGGCGACCCAUGAAGGUGAACUACGUGUCGGACCACUCGGAUGUCAUCAUCAGCGUUGGCAGCGGCGGAGGUGGUUCAUCCUUCCUGGACAACGACGAGCUCGAGAGGACGGGCAUCGAUCUCACCAACACGGGCCGCCUGCAGCUCAUGGCCAAGCUGGCUGAGGGUUCUGGGCUCACUAUACCACCUGUAGCGCAGCAGGCUCUGCAGAUGAAUGGAGCCAUUCCCCUGGAAGCAUUAAUGCCCUCCCUAGCUGCAUCCAUGAACCCAACCUUCACCAUGUCUCCAACCAUCGCCACUCAGUGCUUCCAACUCUCCAACAUGUUCAAUCCACAGUCGGAGGUGAAUUCCAGCUGGGUGCAAGAGAUCCGGGAUGACGUUGUGGAGGAGUGCAACAAGCACGGGGGCGUGGUGCACAUCUACGUCGACCAGAAUUCAGCCGAGGGCCAUGUGUAUGUGAAAUGUCCCAACAUACCCGUCGCACUUGCUGCUGUCAACUCUCUUCACGGUCGCUGGUUUGCAGGUAAGAUGAUCACGGCAGCAUACGUCCCUGUGCCCACCUAUCACAACCUCUUCCCGGACUCCAUGAACGCAUUGCAGCUACUCACGCCCAUGAGGAGAUGAGGGCCCCCACCCCAGCAGCGUGUGGCCGUUGUGCCAUCGCUCCGGCUUGAUCCUUGUUGAGCGUCGGUCCAGCACACAUGCCCUGUGCUGAUUGCAAACACGAUGAUAGUUUUUUUGCAUCUCUUACAGCAGACCAGAAGGGGCCUGCUUGACCCUUCUGCGAUUGCACCCGAAUCAUUUUUUGAAUGCCUCCUGAGGUCUGACAUUUAGAAUUCUUAAAUAUCGCCUUUUUUGUUAAUUUUCAAACCAGUUUUAAAAUCGAUUGAUUUACAAUGCUAGGAUAAAUGUUAAUUUUUUUUUUUAUAAAAAAAAACACUUGUUUCCUUUUAUAUCUGCAUAUGUUUGUACGAUGUUUGAGUUUUGCUCUUGGUUCAGCUUGGCUUUAUCUGUUAUGGGAAGUUAAAAAAAGCGUAAAUGUUAGGGCACAAGAAAAUUACUGUAAGUCAAUCAGGGACUAAAAAUAGACAAAACAUUUUGUGUCGGUGUCAUCUAUACUUACAUACCCCUGUUUUAUACUCCGGCAACAGUGUCAUUUUGGUCAAAUGUUUUGAAAGAGCUAAGUGAACUGUGUGAAUAUCCCCAAGGAAAUAUAUAUUUAACUCAGAGCCUCCAUCACUGGAUGACCGUCGGCUCCCUCAGCAGAAGUGGUCAUGCAUUGCAAGCUAGCAAGUUUUUUUUGCGACUUAGGCAAAUUAGCAAGUUCAUGUUACGCAGUCUCAAAGCACGAUCGAUAUUCAAAUUGGCCAACCAUAUUUUUUAAUUCAUAAAUCUGAGCAUGACUUUAUAUGCAUAUGAACCCUAAGCUCAAACGAUUUACCUAUAAGUUGAGCCAAAGAAGUAAACUUAAAUUGAAAAUAGUUUAAAUUUUGAUUUAAAGCUUUCGUGACUGCAGUAAUUCAUAUUCUUAGUUCUUUUAUUAUUUUGUUGUUUCCCUUCAACGUGACUUUACCGAAAGAACUAAGAAUAUGAAAAUAGUUUGUUCAUUUGCUGCCUUCACCCAAUUGUGAGCGACUGACAUUUAAACAUUUUGUGGUGAGGUCCAAAUGGAUUGGCAUAUAUAAAAUAACUAAAAUAUUUUAACUUGCACAAAAUGACAGGAAAUUCAGAGUGUAAAGUUUCAGAUGAGAAGGGGAGUAUCUUUAUUAAAACAAUGGUGUGGUCACCGCACGUAGGAGGGCACAGCUCCCAUAAUGCCUUGCAUGCAUGCUUUUCAUGUGACCACCACAUUGCGUGUACAAAGCUCAACCUUAUCCAGACCACCAGCUCACGAGCUGAUUGUGUGGCUGUAUUGUUGCAAUGUGGUGGUCACAUGACAUGCAUUCAAGCCAAUUAGUUCUGAGCCUUUAUGCUAUUUAAGCAUACUUUUGCAUGUUCAAUUAUUUCCAGCAUGCAUGCUUAUUCAUGUUAUGGGUUUUUUCACGUACAGAACUUGUUGGAUUUUAAUAAGAAGGGCGUCAUGUUGUGCAUAAUUUAAUGGUCAUUUUAUUUGCUUUACAUUUAAAUGUUUGAUGGCUUCAUGCCUCUUUUCCAAAAUCUCCAAAGAAAUACUAAUUUUGUUGGCAACGGCUAGGGGUCUUUGUGUUCAAUUUAGUUUGUCCAUGGUUAAAGUGGGAUGCUAUAUCACAUUUGUAGUUGAGGUCUGAAGUUAAAUUUCUGAUAGCGUAAAUGGUUUCACUGCAGCAAGUCCCAUUGUGCAUCAAAUGCUGCCGGUGGGUAGAUUGUGGGUGUUCUUUGCAUUUACUCUUUGAAAGGAGGCCCAUGGGUACCUUGUACAAGAAAUGUACAUUUUAUUAUGGUAUUAUUAGACUUAACCCGGGCUGUUGGGUAUUUUGUCAUAUAAUUUUGUAGAUAUUUAGAAGGUAAACUUCGACCUUACAAUUUACUAGCAGUGUGACACCUUUCAAACCAGGAAUAAAUGGAGCAAAGAAACCUGCAACAUUUCAGCAUUGUCCAAAAUCUGGAAGGAUUAAGAAAAGCAAUCCUUUCACUCUCCACUUGAAAUUUUGUUAAGCAGAUAUCGACUUUGCAAUACCACUUACUGUUUAACAGCUCUUUAUGCGCCUUGGAUUUGUACAAUAUGUAAAUAAACGUUAGUUAUGCCACGUAGUCUCUGAUCGCUUCUCAAGCCUGGCAGAUUGUUUUGAUAAAUUCCUUGAACCGUGUGCUUGGCUACUUUAUCCUGGUGGGUCAGUUGAGAUUACUUUUUUAUAGUCUAACUUAUGUCUGUUGUUAUUAAGGUGUUAAUUCAGGAGCCAAGUCGGGACAAUACAACAUGUUUAAAUAAUUAAAUGUCGACAGAUCGAGAAUUUUAAUACAGUAAACACUUCAAAGCUGGACAAGUGAGGAGCCAUUCCAGUUAUACAUGUUGUUUGGUAUACUGCAAAUUAAACCAUUUAAAAGCUACAUUUCAUUGCUUGCAAUUAACAUGUUAGACAUUUUAUUGACACUUAAUAUCCACAAAAUAUUUUUCAAUUUCAUAAAAUGUUGAAACGGCUUAAUCCAAGUAAAUAUCCCAAUGAAGCAGAGGAAGGUGGCCGAGGUUCACUGGAUGUGAAAAUCCACGUAGAAUUAUUUUUCAUGGGCUCGAAGCAUUUAUUUCGUUUGCAACAUCAACUUCAAUUUGAAAACUAAGAGCACGGUGUCCAAGGGCAAAUCCAUGAAAUCUGUCCAAGUGGUAUGUUAUUUGGGAACUGCUUGUGUGCAUGCUCACAAUCGCCUAAUGUUUAUUUAUUUUGGGUAACUUUCUAGCCUACCCUCAAUCUGGCUUACUCAUCUGGUGUUAAAAGGUUUCGCUUAACACUCAGUUGUUAGGUACCCCACCGAGAUUCAAAUACCAAAUUUCAUUUUCAUAUUUAAGGAAUUAUGGCACACCAUCACAUCACAAUUCUAAUUUGGGGGGGGGGGUUGAUUCAGCCUUUCAACCCCUCUGGGGACCACUUGGUGAGAAGUCAACAGUCUACCAGCAGGCUAGGCCUUGCGAUAGAAGUGUGGAAUAUCCACCACUGGCUCGGCUAAAAGGGAGGCGAGUGCCACCCUCUGCCCAUUUGAAGAGGGAGACACUGGUGUUUAGUACACAGUGUGGAAACCCUUUCAAAUAUACAUGGGUGAAAUAAAAAGACAAUACUUUUUUUUAAAUAUUAAACCUAUGUUACAUUGUAUGCAUUGUUUUUGAAAUAAAUGUUUGAGAAAUUGCUUAUUCUGGGUAAAGUGACAAAUAAUGCACGUUUGGAUCCAAUGUAUUUUCUGAAUUCCAACUGGUUGUAGGUGUUAGGUAAACGUGUAUUAAAGCGGCCCAUGCUA